UUGAGAGCGAGAAGGUUCCAAUCAUUCAAACGCACGCUAAUUAAUACGUGACAUAUGAAUACUACGACAUGGGCGUCGAACGGCCCGCAAGAUGUGCUAUGAGAGACGUGGACGUGUGCUCCGUAAUGGGUAUAUCUACCAAAUUGAUGAUGCAAAGGUUGGCCAAAGUUGAAGGUAAUAAGGGCACACAAAUUAGCUCAGCGUGUGAGUACGUUGAUAUCAGCAUCGUUGAGAACAUUCUCAACAUAUGCUAUGACAUCUACCAAGCCAUCCCGUUUGGUGAGGACGUUCACAUCAAGAUUGUCCAAGUCGUCCUGGACGUCAACGAUGACAUUGGCCAAACUGCCGUCUCGUUUGGUAAGAACGUUCACAUCAAGAUUGUUCAAAUCAUUGGUGACAGCAACGAUGACGUCGGCCAAGUCCUCCCGCUUGGUGAGGACAUUGACAUCUGCGUCGUUCAAAACGUUCUCCACAUAGGCGAUGACAUCAACCAAGCCCCCAUCACGCUUGGUAAGGACGUUGACAUCUGCGUCGUUCAGGACGUUCUCCACAUAGGCGAUGACAUCUACCAACGAACCAUCACGGCUCUGAACAGGGGCAGCGAAAGCAGAAGAGCAAAGGACAGCGAGGGAUGCGAGAAGAGUGAGCUGCAUUUUGAAUUGUUAACGAGAGGAAGGGUAAGCAGUUGGAGACGGUGGAAGAGGGAAAAGGAUGAUGGAACAACUAGAGAGGAAGGCGACUGUUUUUAUACAUGGCGACCAGGGUUUGCAGAUUGGGGCCUUUUGUGACGUGAAAAUGAUGGAAAGAACUUUUCUCUUCGAAGUAGAAGACCCGAAGGUACGUUAUAUGCAGGUACCCAUAUGCGCGAUGGACUGUUGGUUGAGACUGAACGCAUCCUAUGAUUUGUUUCUGCAGUCGUUUCGAAUGGGCCACAGUCCGUUCACGCCGUGGAUCGUCCACCCUGAAAUUGAAAUGUGCAUC